AUGUCGUCACCAAGUAACCAGAUGGAUUCCGAGUUCCAAGAAACUAUGCAAGAUUCAAUAUUUUCUACACCAGUUACUAGCACUGGAGUUGAUGUUACAUUCCCACCACAUCCUAGCACAUCAACUGGCAAAAGGAAACAACCCUCAGAAGUGUGGCUCCACUUUUCACAACAGCCUAAUGAUAAGAGAAGGGCUGCGUGUAACUACUGUGGUACUCUCAUUAGUAGGAAUGGAACAAGUACUAUGCGGACCCAUUUGACGAGAUGCUCGCAAUAUCCAGGCAGUGAAAAAAAUAAGAGAAGAAAAGAUGGUCCAUUUCUGCAGGCUGCAGAAGGACAAGUAGGAAGUAGCAUUGUUUCUUCUCCUACGGUCUUUAAGUUUGACCAAGACAUAUGCCGAACAGAACUUGUGAGGAUGUUUAUUGCUGCUGAGCUUCCAUUCCGGUUUGUCGAAAAUGAAGCCUUUCGCCAGUUUCUGAGUGUUCUGCAACCGCGAUUUGUUGUCAUUUCGCGGUCUACUCUGAGGAGGGACAUUGAAAAAAUGUUUGUUGACGAACAAGUGAAGUUGAAAAGGUUCAUGUCCAAACAUUGUGGUAGGGUGUGUCUUACAACAGACACAUGGACUUCUGUGCAGAAUUAUUGUUAUAUGAGUUUGACUGCGCAUUUUAUUGAUGAUGAUUGGAACUUGCAGAAAAAGAUUAUAAACUUUCGGAAAGUUACGGGACAUUCUGGAGUGGUUAUAGCUAACAAUGUCGAGUUGUUUCUGAAUGAGUGGGAGCUAAGUCAAGUCUUGACUAUAACUGUGGACAAUGCUACAUCUAACGAUUCUGCGAUUGACAAGCUUAGAAAUAGUUUCUUGCCAUUGAACAGAGUGAUUUUGAAUGGUGAGUAUCUUCACAUGCGUUGUUGUUCGCAUAUACUCAACUUGAUUGUCAAAGAGGGUAUGAAAGAGAUUGAUAUUUCUAUUUUGAGGAUUCGAAAUGCUGUGAGAUAUAUGAAGUGCUCUUCUAAAAGAUUUCUUAAAUUCUUGAGCUAUGCUGAAAGUGUGCAUAUAUCAUACAAAGGUAUGCUGAGUUUAGAUACAGAUACUAGGUGGAAUUCAACAUACACAAUGUUGGAGGCAGCUGUACAAUAUGAGAAGGUUUUUGUGUUGUAUGAAGCACGAGAUUCCAAGUUUAAGAAAGCAAUGUCAAAAGAUAAUGGGAAGGGUGUUCCUACAUCUGCAGAUUGGGACCAUGUGAAGUCUAUUUUGCCUUUUCUGAAAAUAUUUCAUGCUUCCACAAAGCGCAUUUCUGGUUCCUACUACGUAACCAGUAAUGUGUAUAUGAAAGAAGUAUUUUCUAUCGGAAAAAAAAAUAAGGCAAUAUGA